ACUACGGAGAGAGAAACCAGCCCUUCUCACCCGGCAUUGUUUUUAUCUAUUUGUCUAUUUAUUGGCCGGUUGUGUAUUGUUUUUGUUAUAUGGUGCUCCUCUCGCUCUUUCUAACCCCCCUCCUCUGCAGUCCCUACACCUCGUCGCAGUGUUCAACGGAGGGAGACCAACGCAAGGAGAAAAGGAGAAGAAAAAAAGAAGAAAAUUAUUCAUUCAUUCGUUCAUCCAAUUACAGGUCCAUUCCUCCUCUCACACCUAUAUUUACUCCCCCCCCCCUACCAAACAUAUACCUGCCUACCGCAUCCCAUAUCAUAAGUAAACAAUACCGACCACGACCCCCCUGGCCGAACCCACCGCUGCCAGUCCGUGUGGCCCGAGUCGACUCGAGUCUCGUCGCCCCCGUCAUCCUUUCUUGCUUGAGGAGAUAAUGGGCACCCUUGGCCCUCGUCCCCAGCAGAUUCCUUCCUAUCAUUCGUCGCCUCGGCCGACCCAGCAACCAGCCUACCACCCCGGCCGGCGGGACUAGACCCGUUCCUGUGCUGGAACCUCCUAUUCGAAGGUCUCCAGUCGCUGG